GUCCUGUACCUGAAUGCACUGUCGACAGAACUCGUCAGUAAGUUAGCUAGUUAGCGAUCUUAGCAAACAACCUCUUUAUGUGGCCACAUAGUUGAGUUAGAACCGGGAAUCAGUAAGAUAAAGCAGUAAAUGUUGAGUUUGUACCUUACAUGGAUUGAUGGACCUGUUUUGUAGUUGCUGCCUUGUUCUCGGUAGACUUAGUUUCUGGCGUUGAGACAGACAAAAUUAGCCGACUUUAGCCGAUAAUGCUAGCGUGACUAUCGUUUGUUUCGUUCGCAGAUCGGUUUGACUUGGAGGAAGGAAGGGAGGAAAACUCUCAGCAGGGUCGCUUGGCAUCGCUGUUUAUGUAAAACUUCCAUACUGUUUGGAUUCCUGUGUCGCCUCACUGUGACGCAUUUAGAAAAGUCGAAUAUCUAUCCACCCUUUGUGACAUUUAACACUAUUAAGUUAAGAAAUGCCUGAGCUGGUUGUCAACAAUAUUUCAGGCUGAAGUUAGCGGUGUGACGGAGAGGGGUAAACUCAGCUAUCUUACAAACCCAUGUUAAGUAAGAAACUUGUGUAAAACCCGUCUUUUUCGACUCUGAACCGCUCAAAAGAAACUCAUGGCAUCGGAUGUGAUUGAGAGCGAAGCGGCUUUAAAGGGUGUAAAUGACAUGAGCUUGAACAAAAGUAGCCCAGAUUUUGUCUCGACUACGAGGACUCAUGAGGGGAACAGAAAGACAUCCAGCCCUUCUUCUUCAGGGGUGUCGGGAGAAGGUGACGAGGAUGAUUUAGGCGAACUACAAAAAAGCACAGCUUCCACGGUGGAAAAUGGCGAAGAGGCGCUUCAAGAGAGUCCAUUAAAAGCGAGACAUACGCCACAGGAAAGGACAACUCCAGACAAUGAGCAGAGACAACCAGGACCUAGGAGCUCCACACCAGGGAGCCUCUCCCAGCCACGCACACCAACUACACCCAUUGCAAGGUCUGUGUGUUUAUAUUUGUAUGCUUGGCCUACUUGUUGCUGAGAGAAAAAAGAAAACAUGAUACAGCAUUAGGCCUGGGCGAUUUGGCAAAAAAAAAAGAUCACGAGACAUUUUGUCAUAUCGUCCGAUCUCGAUUAUUAUCACGAUUUUUUUUUAAAACUGCUAGUUUUAAAGCAUCUGUACUAAAAACUAAAGAAACUAGAGAUGAGUUCAACGCUUUAUUAACAUACUAAGUAAAUAACAAAGCAAAUUGAAUAAGAUACACUUAGAAAAAUAUAUAAACCAUUUAACUCAACAGAACAACAAAUGUAGAUUAAAUAAUACAGUGAACUAGUUUACAGUCCUCUGUGUUUUUGCAGGUUUGUAAGACCCAAAAUAAACAAAUCGCCCCCUCAGGGAUAGUGAAGACGCCUUAAAAUGUAAACAUUAGAUGAUUUAAACGUAGAUGAUACGAUUGAUCGCUGCUUUGGUCCGGUGGCUGCACCACUAGUUAUGGCUUAACUGCUAAUGCAUCUUGUGUCAUCAGCACCAGAUGCCUUGCACAUCGGCUUAUUUGCUCAAUGUCACUUUGGAGAUACCCAAACCACUGCCACACAACUGACAUUGAAUAACUUCUCAACAAUAACAUCUUCAGAAGAUGACUUAAAGUCAUGGCUGACAUCUAUUUUGCUGCCCUCAGUGCCGCGUUUAUCUCCAUGUUCGGUCAUUCUGUUUAUUUCUCCGGCAUCUUACAGAAGUGAGCAGGAAAAGCUCAACUCUGAUUGGCUGUUGUCACGCACAUUUCCGCUAUGUUUGAUCAAGUAAAUAUGCUCACAGCUGAUCACCGUGAUCGAACCGAAAUUUAUCACGAUCAUUGAUCACGAUCAUGUAAUCGCCCAGUCCUAUACAGCAUCUGGUUUUCCCCUUCACUGUUAGGAAUGCUGCUCUUGUCCUCAGUCAGUCUGUGCUCAAGUGUCUGAGUGUUUUCCCUUGUACUGGAUUUGAAAGUUGUUUGACAGGACACUGAUUCUCCAAAGUCAUUGCCUGUGGCUGUGCUGUCUGCUGUCUUCACCUCCUCAGCUCAAGACUGUGCCUCGCAGACAAAACUUAACAUUUUAGCUCAAACAGCAGCACUAGUAAAAUAACAGAUUCUUCAAUAGUUCACAAAUAUGUUGGGCAACCUGUUUUCAGCGUGUCUACCUACAUUUUUCUAAAUCAGCGCUUAACCUACAAACAAGCCUUCAUGUCAGAGGAAAAGGAAAAUCCUCUCCAAACCUUUGGCAUUUGUACAUUCAUAGUCUUGCCAGAAAAUCAGGUAAAGUAGAUGCUAGACUGAGCUGGGAUGAAAUUUAUUUUCUGAAUGUUAGCUACAGAGUGGUCACAAAACAGGACAGUUUAUUGUAUGAUUUCACUGUAAAGCUACAGUGAUGGCAAGGCGAAGGGACACUCCAAUAAAAAUCUAGUUUAAUAUCACACCAACCACAAAAAGUAUGAAAUCAGUACAAAGUAAAGAAGAAAAAAACAUGCUUUGUGAAUUUCUUUCUAUAACUUUCAGACACGUACUAUGUAGACACACGUACUUGAUUCUGUGUAGGUGUGGCUGUUAUUCUCUAAAACCUUACUAAGUGACAGCCACAUCAGUAGGCAGCAUCACAGGCUCAGAAAACCAUUUGGCUGACUUUCCAUUCUUAGGAGGAUGAUGACAGAUGUGUGAUCCUUGGCAGACGAGAGUGGACUGUUCAUUACAAGUAUGCACAGGUCACUGUCAAGGUUGUUAAUCAAUAAUAAUAAUAAUAACUUUAUUUUUAUGGCACUUUAGAAAAAAGAGGUUUACAAAGUGCUUUGACUAACAGCCGUAAAGCACAGAACAUCAGCACAUGGAAAUAAAAACAAAUAAAAAAACAAAAGCUCAGUUAAAAACAAGGCCUCCGAAUUGAAUUCAUUUGUCAUAAGGAACCCAGACAAUACAAGAACCCUACAACAUAAAAUGAGACCAUGAGGACCAAAAUAAAAAAAAGAAAUGUAAUAAAAAGAGGGGGGGGGGGGUAGAAAGCAGGAAGAAGGAUAGUAAAUAUAAAAAGACAAUAUUAAUAAUGAUAAUAAAACCAUAACAAAAUAAUAAUGAUGGUAAUAGUAAGUCAAAAUAAGAUAGAAUCAAUAUAUGAGAGGGUAACACCUGGAAACCAGAUGAAGGAAUUCCAUCUUACUGUGAGGGAAUAAAGAUUCAGCAUGUUUCUAUAAAUCAGAAUAAAGGUAAAGAGAGAAACUAUCAGUGUACUAAUUGUAUUUAUGUGUAGAUGUAAUUGUGAAUAAAAUAAAGCCUGUAACUCAUGAAGCCUCCACCUGGAUUCCCUUGUGUUGCAUGCAGCUUUCUGCUAAUGUCUUGAAAGUGUAUACGUUGUAUACGUUACAUAGACAGCAUCAACACUCGAGUCUCUCCAGUGCUUCAUAGGAUUGAUAGGGACACUGAAGCAGAAAAGGUUAACAGAUGAAACUGUGCUUAGCAUGUAAGCUACAGUAAACAGAGCAGCCAUCAAAACAGAACAAAGUAAUCUGUCUCCAAAGCAACUCAAGUUCUGCUGCUUCUGAUUGGGUAGUUGGUUCGCAAACCACCCUAAAGGUCAAAUGGAUGAAAUCAAGACCCUAGAAAGUUACUUUAUAUUAAAACUUUUAAUAACUUAGUCAACUUUUCCUUUGAACAUUUUCAUAUACUUGUCUUAAAAUGUUCCAGAAACAAGUUAGCAUUAAGGAUGUGGAAUAUUGUCACUGUAUGGAAGCCUUGAUGGAAUAUCAGCAUAGUCUGCAUAAUGGAUUUCAAAUGAAUGGAUGUUGAGUUUACCGCAAAUGGAAAUGUAACGUUAUUUACCCUUAGUAUUUGAGUAGAGGUUAUUUAAGUCCAAACAGUUGAUUCACAUUUUCUGCUUUUGUCUCCUUUAUGUGGCCGCUCACAUGCAGCUUGUUGCCUUUUGACUGAGGGGUUCCUUUCCAGGAAACCAUAUUCCUGUGGCAUUCUUACCUCCCUCAGUUGGGUUUCAGAUAUAAUGUGGGGAUAAGCACCAUGCGUAAGCCUAACUGCUACAUUAUGAAAUGUUCGGCACCAAAUGCCCUGAAUGUUUUUAUGUCUGGGAGCACAAAUACAGUCAUGUAUGUGAUUACUGCAUCAAAGGGAGCUCUGUACAGUCAAGAUACAGACACCAUGAUCUGCAUUAGUGAGUAAGUCCUUAACUCAAGCUUGUAAGCUGUUCAAGAGCCUGUGAUCUGAUUAGGUGGCUAGUAGCAAGCUAUAACUUCGACAGAUGAAUUGAUUAGUGUUGCAAAAACAGAUGCUUUAAUCUUGAAACUGAUGCAGCAGACGUGUCAUGGGGAUUCUUUGGAUCCUUAGCCCAAAACUUUGCUAUCGGUGUUCAAAGAUCGAUCAGCCACAUCAUGUGCAUUUUAAUAAUGUAAACUGAGGUUAAAGUAAGUUUAACAAAACUCACAAACAGUUCAUCUGAAAAUGUUGCACAUUUAUUUCUUACCAACAGCUGUUAGAGCAGAUCUUGUUAAAGAAAUGUUCAGUAGAUAGACAAAUAGAUUUAAGUAUUGAAUCAGUUUACAUGAGGGGUUACUCCUGAAUGGAUCCAGGACUUUGGCAACAUUUGUUGUCCUUAUCAUAUCAGAACAUCUUUUAUAUCAUGUGCUCCUGUGUGGCAUUUAUAAAAAAAAAAAUUCUAUGUCCCUUCAACCUGUAACUUUGUACAGCAUUUAACAGCUGGUGUAUUAACCCAUGAAUGAACUAGAAGUUGCCUUUGACUCUUGGGCUACGUUUCCCCCAUAAUCCUUAAAGGAUUGUAUAAGUCACAAGCAAGCGUUGACAGAUAGUCAAUAAUGUGUUGUUGUUUUUUUGUCAUGGAUAAUCUCUGCUAGCCCCUUAAAGCACACAGAGCACAAGAGGCCCUUUCACAGUUUAAGGUCAUUAAAAAAAAGAUGGGAAAACCUUUUUUUGUUUUCCUCCCCAGCCUGGAACGUCGAGAGUCAGUUGCCACAAGAGAGGCUCGCCUUCGCAUGGAAGGAGUUGUACUGAAGGAAGAAUGGCAGGAUGAAGAUUUUCCACGGUACUUUCAGUAACAUGAAACAUUUUAAAUACUGUCUGGAUCAUGGUUCACAGCUUGUUUGUGAACAGAUACACACUUAAUAUUCUGCCUGACUCAAGCCAUCAUUGCCUCCUGUUGUUUCUUAGACCCCUUCCAGAAGAAGAGGAGCUUGAUGAGGAGUUUUUUGCAGGAACCUCAGAAGAAGUAGAGCCUGGUAAUAAAAAUACAUCCUAACAUUGCAACAAUAGUUUAAGAGAGUAUCACAGAACAUGUUAGCUUUUUCCCCAAAUCAAUUCUAAUGGUGCGUUUGAGUUAUCUCGGAAGUCAGAAGCCCGAGCUGAAAAUGACGUCACACCUGAGUUCCCAGUGUUUCAGUUACCAGGUCAGAAAAAAGCAAAAUCGGCAGCGGAAACAAGAUGGCUAAAUCUACGAAAGUUAUUUUAGCGCUUGCCUUGUCCGAAUAUAAGGCAAGUGCUAAAAGCUAAAAUAACUUUCGUAGAUGUAGCCAUCUUGUUUCCACCGCCGAUUUUGCCUUCAUCCAACUUGGUACCUGAAACGCUGGUAACUCCGGUGUGACGUCAUUUUCAGCUCCGACAUCUGACUUCCAAGGUAACUCAAACGCACCACAAGACUUCAUUAUUAGAUAUAUGCUUUUAGAAUGAAUGGUUUCUGCAUGAGGCUCUUAAAAUUUUUCUUUCAUGAAUUAUGAGAAGUUUAAAACAAUUCAAACACAUCCCUGUGAACAUCAUAACUAAUGAUUUGGCCUGUGUCUUAGGCUAUGUGAUGAACCAUGGCAAGAGGGUGAAGAAGAAGCUUGCAGCUCCAGAUAUCAGCCUCACUCUUGACCGCAGUGAAAGUUCUCUUCUCUCUGAUGACCUGGAUGAAAGCACAGAGCUGGACCUCGAUGGCAUAGACACACCCUCAGACAACAGCAAUGAGUUUGAAUGGGAAGGUAAGGACAUAAUCGUGUGAAGGCAGUAACUUCUGUUAUGGUAUUUUUUUAACCAUGUGUGUUCCAGUUUGUCUUGUAAAUAUUAAAAGUUUAGAUUGACUGAGAGGUCAGAGGUGCAAAAAUACUAAUAUUACUCAAAGAAUGAUAUUAAAAAAAAGUAUAUUGCCCAACCAUUGUUUUCCUCCCCCUGGCUUCAUGGUUCCUUUUGCAUAUUCUGUCCUUGAUUUUACAGGUUUCGGGAUGGCAGCCUAGUGCCUGAAGUGUAGUUAAAAUGUGCUUUGUUGUUUUUGUGUUUCCGCACUGCUGCCUUCCUCUUUUUCACAUGGAAGAAUUGUUUCCAUUCUCUGCCUGGAAACAGGCUGCAGGCCAGCUACAGGUUUCUCUCUUCCUAGUGGUAAGGUUUCUCGGACAGCCCCUGUGCUUUUUUUUUUUUCCUUUUUUUUCUGCCAACCAUGAGUCAAUCAACCCCUACUGUCCAGAUUGUGUUCUGUCUUCAGGGUUCAAACGAAUCAUGUGGAAGUUUUGUGUUUCAUACCAUUCAUUUCCAGUCAGUGGUUUGUGCAUGUCACUUUCUCUUUACACUUUUUUUUUCAUUUCUCUGAAAUAAUCAGUCACAUCUUGUUGUUGAGGAAAUGGUUUAUCUGCACAGUGAUGCUGCAGUUGUCCGAUAUCAGACAUUCCCUGACAUUUACUGUUUGGUAAUAAGUAAAAUUUAACAAGUAGGCAUAAAUGACCAGAAUAACAGAAUACAUGCAGUACAUAAUCAAUUAAGUAACAAUGAUAUACUUUAUGUUUUCAAAAUGUAUUUGGAGACAUUGUAUUGUACUGGGAGUUUAGCUACAGAAAUUUUUAGGCACAGUAGGUGUCCAGGGUUGUCUACUGAAAUACAUAAACCCCUCCCCCGCCGCCAUAUUACACUGUCAUCAAUCAGUUUUGUUACUGCUUAGUUUGUACAUGUGACGGUACUUUGUUCGCCACCUUCUUGUAGCAUGACAUAAAACGACUUAAAGUUGGUCAACUUUCUGGUAUAUUUUCAGUUCCAUUAACCCCCCAAACACCCCGCUGACCACUUUCUCCAUCUGAAACUCACAGCAGUGUGUCCUCCACUGCUUUCUUCUAUUUAUAUAUGAUAGAAUAUAUAUCUGAUCUUUUGACAGUAUUUAUCAUCAGCACAUUUUGCAAAUAACUCGUUCUUGGAAGUGACUCGCAUGCUAUUAAGUUAUCACAACAGUAGAUCAGUUUAGGCAGGAGGCUGGUUAAUGAUCAAGCAAUUCUCUACUAUGAAACUAUCUGCAGGUUAAUACAGGCACAAAGUUAGGGAGGAAUGAGGGAUUAAUGAUAUAUGAUAAUGUCAGAAAUACAAAAACUUAGGAAUUCAAAUUAUAACCCAAGUUACACAAUACUUAAAUACAAAAUGGCAGUAUCUCAUCAUUUUAGAUGAUUAUUUUUAGGGAUGCAAAUUAUAAGUAUUCUUCAUGAUCCAUGUUUGUAAAUUUUAACAGUCAAUAAUGGUUUACUGGUUAGAAAAAUGGAAGAUGACCCAUGUUAAAGAAAUUUGACUUUUUUGAACAAUAGAUACAAUAAAAAUGCUUUUUUCCUCAAUCAUAUACACCUUAAACACCCGGCCAAUCCAAUGCAACCCGGUACAACACCUCUACUAUAAAUUUUACUCAUGUGAAGCUUGUAAAUUUUCAGUUUUUGGUCAAACUGGUGAUAGUUGUUCUUAAAAUGAAUGGAUAAAGUUGUUGUUGGUAUACUAGAGGGCAUUUUAUUAAAAGGUGUUAAGAUUGCAUAAGAUUGCACAGGUGCUCAAAAUGUUAUGGCAGUGGAACCUUUAGCAUGUUCUAAACAGUCAAUAACUUGCAAUAUCUCACUAGUUGUAGUCAGGCUUAUUUAGACACAUGAGUCAUACUUCGCAGGUACGUGGAAGAACAGUUUUGAUUCUGCUCACUUACAGGUCCUUGUGAAAGCGUGUUGGUUUAAUUCGGUUGCACUUAUUUGGGAUUCUGCUUGUUGCAUGCUUGAGACACUUUUAUCACUUGAUCACUUUUCCUGAUGUCAACCUACAAAAGCUGCACAGAUGUCCCCUGUGGAUUUUUUUGCUGCUUUCGCUGGGUCUGGGAGUAACCCUAACCCUCUCUAACUUCUGUCUAUUUAAAAGAGACAUAAAAGCUCAUAAUACAUAUGAGGGAAUAAUACACUGAAAGAAUAGAAAGAAGUGAACGUCCAGAUUAUUGGUGUUGAUUCAGAGAGAAAGCAUGCCACCCAGAUACAGAUAAUUAAAGCAAAGCAAUUGAGGCUAUGUUAAUUUUGGUUGAUUAAAAUGCAUGCAUUGAAAAGUUCAAGUAUGAUUUAUUCAGUGAUCCGAAGCAUUAUAAUCAAAAUGAAUCUAAUUUGAUCAUAUCACUUUACAUCCAAAGAGAUGUUCUUUUAAAGCUGCGUGUUUCUUUCCGUCUUUAGAUGAUCUUCCCAAGCCAAAAACCACAGAGCUACUACAAAAGGGUAUGGAGUCAGUGCAAGAGUACUCAGCUGCAGACGAGAGAGAAGAAGGUAGACGCUGGAGGGUGUUUCGUAUUGGAGACCAGGAACACAGAGUGGAUAUGAAGGCCAUUGAGCCUUACAAAAGGGUCAUCAGCCACGGGGGUCAGUUGGUUUACAUCAUAGAAUCUAUUAAUAUGCGAAUGUUAUGUAAAAAUCUUAUAUAAUCAAACUAUUGACGAAAACAGAAGCAUCAAUUUUCAUGCUGUAUUUUUCGCUUUCAGGUUACUAUGGAGACGGCUUGAACGCCAUAAUAGUGUUUGCUGUGUGCUUUAUGCCUGAGAGCAAUCAACCAAAUUACAGAUACAUCAUGGACAAUUUAUUCAAGUGAGUGUUCAUCUGCAUUCCUCCGGCCCUGUGAGGUCGCACCAGCACUGAUGAAAUGUUUCCUACCGUAGAUAUGUCAUCGGCACGCUGGAGCUUUUGGUCGCUGAGAACUAUAUGAUCGUGUAUUUGAACGGAGCAACAUCUCGGAAAAAGAUGCCCACGGUCAGCUGGCUCAGAAAGUGUUAUCAGCAGAUUGAUAGAAGGUGAGUAUAUCUAGUACUUUUAAGAGUGCCAAAUCCAAUCAUGAAAGGUGCGCAAUUAAAAUGAGUGUUCCUCUGUUUUGUGCAGGUUAAGGAAGAAUUUGAAGUCUCUGAUAAUCGUUCAUCCCUCUUGGUUCAUUCGCACACUGCUGGCACUCACAAAACCUUUUAUAAGGUACCUCUAAUGCCCAAAGUUAUUGAAAUAAUCAAAUGAAGAAUAUCUCAGACGACUUUGACAUUGCAACGUUUCCUGCUUUUUUUCACAGCUCAAAAUUUAGUCAGAAAAUUAAGUACGUGUACAGCUUGAAAGACCUUGCUGAACUGGUUCCGAUGGAGUAUGUGUCCAUACCGGAUUGUAUUAAACAGUAAGUAUGCUCCACACAAUCGCACCAGUAUUCUGCAGGUUCUCUUAAAAAAUUCGUAACAGUCCUGUCAAAUCAGUGAGACGUCUGCAAGUACACAAAGACAAAUUUAGGGCUACAACAAAUUUUUGUGAUUAGGCUGUUAAAUUCAUAAGUAAGACAAUUCUGGCUUUAAUUGUGUGAUAUAUGUGUACACGUUAGAAGAGGGCUAGAUUGAGAUAAAUGCAUUCCAAGAUUGAUCGAUGAAGAUGAUGAUCAUACCAUUACGUGUAUGGGUCAUCCUCCGUUUUUCCCUUCUGCAGAUUUCAGUCAAACCGCCUGUGGUAGAAAGCUUAAUCAAAUCAUUCCCACUGAAGUUAUUCCCUUGGUGUGUCUUGCUGCCUUUCUUGUAUUUGGUUUCCAAGUUCUUGUAGUUAAUUCUAGUGCUCACACAGUCCCAGUUCUUACUAAUCCUGCAAAGUGUGGUCUUUACCUGUAGGUGGUGCUACAGCAAUGGUCUAUCUUUUUGUGUAGAUACAGUAGAUGUCUAGUGUUCAAAGAGGAAAGGCAAGAGUCAUGGGACCUGUUUGCCAGUUUCAACAUAAAUGUACACUUAUUACAGUUUCAGUUUGGAGUUCAGUUUCGUUGGUAUCAUCUGUCAUAAGAGAGCACAUAUUUUCUCGUUUAUCUCAGCCGGAGAUCAUGCCAACAAACUUCUCAAGUGACUUUCCUGGUUGUGGUUUUAUCUGAGGAGCAUUUUCUAUCCUUGUGACACUUCACAAGACUUUGGCACAAAUACUAAUUGAUCAAAUGUUGUUGCUGUUUGGAUGCUUUUGGCUGUAUAUCUCUCCUUUCCUUUAACCCCAUUAUCCUGCCCCCUCUUGAAGGUUUGACGAGGAAAAAAAUAGGAAAACCUCUAAAAGGUAUAUGCACUUUCACCAAGGAUCAGUCUCAGCUCUUUUUUUUUUUGUUGCACAACACAAAACUAACAAGGAAAUGACCUGUUGGCUUUCAGAAAUGCACCAAAGCACCUUCUUCUGUCCCAUGGUAAUUGGUAGACAAAUGAUUUGCUGUUGCCUUCUAGUCUUUUUACUCUCAGUAGAGUCAGCAUGUUACUAAACAGAAGGCCCAAAAUCUGUCAGGUUGGUUUCCAAAAACAGGUGGCUUGGUGAUCAUUUAACCCACUUAAUACCAUUUCUGAGCCAAUGAUGUUAGGUUCGUCUCAAAACCAAUCCACUACAAUGAGCUCUUCUUUAUUUACUGCCUCAAAAUAAUAUCAGAUACCUGUAUGUAGUUUUAAGCCUACCAUGUACCUCGCUGCUGAACAAAUCACCAAUCAAGGACAGCUGGACGAGUUUUUAGUCGCUGAUUAAGUAGCUGCUUUCUGAUAUUAAAUUUGAGGCACCAAGUAGAGCGUGUUUGCAUGUUUUUUCAAAACCAGGUUUAGAAUCUGAUACGGCUGAUUCUUCGCAAAGUUUGUUCAACUGUAUGAGAUGGAUUUUCAAGGAAGUAGCUUGCCUUAGUCACUGUGGUAUGUGGUUGCACCCGUAACCAUGUCCUCACUUUUUUUAUUGUUGUAAAACACAAAACUAACAAGGAAAUGACCUGUUGGCUUUCAGAAAUGCACCGAAGCACCUUCUUCUGUCCUAUGGUAAUUGGUAGAUAAAUGAUUUGCUGUUACCUUCUAGUCUUUUUACUCUCAGUAGAGUCAGCAUGUUACGAAACAGAAGGCCCAAAAUCUGUCAGGUUGGUUUCCAAAAACAGGUGGCUUGGUGAUCAUUUAGCCCACUUACAGUUUUUCUCAGUCGCUUUUGUACAUUUCUCGAAUCAUCCUUGACAUUUGCAAAACAGUAAAUCCUUUUCUCAAAACAAUUUGUACAAAUAGCAAAACACCAUGGAUUACCUGCAAAAGCCAGUCUCUUGCUCAAAAUCCUUAGUACAAUCUCUCAAAAGUAAAUAUCUGUGUCAAUGAACAUGUCAGUGCCAUCAGAAUGACAAGUCCUUGUGUCAUUGUGUACGGAUAAGACAGUCAAAUUGCUUAGUCAUGUUGUCAAUAUAACAGUGUACUCUGGAGGGAUGUUCUGAUGUAAACUAUGGUUAAAGUUUUGAUGACAAUCAUUGUAAAUUGUAAGUUACACCUCAGUGUAUGUGGGAGAUUGAAUGCAAGAGACUGUAAAUUGAUGACAGACCAUGUCAUUGCGAUACAGAAAAGAAAAAGACAGCACUGCAGAGCACAAUAAAACAAACAAAAAACAAAAGUAGAAAUGUGAACAUAGGACAAUUUCCUUAGGGAAAACUGGAAAUGCAGUGCUGUAGGAAUCACAGUACAGUCUUCCUACACCUGAUGUUCCUGUCUGUUGGGCCACAAAUUCUUAUCCACAAAGUGUCACUCAUCCAAAAUGUCACUGUAUAUAGUAUACUUAUUGUAUAUUGUAAAAUGAAAGUCAAAUACUGUAAUAUUGUAUGAAGCAUUACAGAAAGUAUACAGUAUUAAAGUACAGUGCCCAUCGUUAGAUUACAUACCUGUUCUGUCAACGAAAAGUCUGAAUGAUUGAGGACACAGUUGUUCUCCCAACAUUUGGCUGCACUCUUCGGCCAGCCUCAGCCACUGUAAGCCCAUGAUUGAGAACGUGGUCUACAAAUGUAGCUCUUAUCUCAUCAGGAACGCGCAUAUGUCCUCUGCCUCUUCCACUGUUUUGCCUCCCAACUCCUCCGCCAUGCAGCCUCACUCCUCUUCCUCUUCUUCUCUCUGGCUGUUGACCCCGUCCAAUUCCUUGUCCUUCCAUUGUCAGACAUUGUAACAUUGUGUUGUGCUCCGGCAAUAUAUAUACUUGCCAGUUGAUGGUUCAUGAGAUGCACCUUUGAGCUAUUUCAGAAAAGUGGUUGAUCAUUGGUUGAUCUAAUGCUUCACACAUUUCCCACCGUUAGAGAAAGUCAAGAUUCACCUGGGAGCAAUUUACCAAUUCAGGACAGAUUCAGAAAUGUCUAAUGGAAAUGUAUAGAAAUAUGCUUGACAUAUUAUGACAGCUUGUUCAACCAUUUUGCAUGUAAAGACUUAUGCGAUGAACUAAUGCCUAAAUGUUGUGGGGGGUGAGACUAUUCAACAGAGACCCAUUAUAAUACGUUUUGAUCAACAUGACAUAAGCAAUUGAUAAUGUAGAAAACAGCAGAAAAUUGUACAUAAUCAUUUGCAUGGAUGUACCAAAGCAUUUGCAAGUUGUUCAAAGAAAUGAGAAACUGCUUUUGUGAUGUGCACAAGUGACACAAUGAUGUGAAGAUUGAACACGUAGUUUUGAGAAUUUCAAUUCUGAUCUGAGAAAUGUACCAAAGCGACUGAGAAAAACUGUAAUACCAUUUCUGAGCCAAUGACGGUAGGUUCAUCUCAAAACCAAUCCACUACAAUGAGCUCUUCUUUAUUUACUGCCUCAAAAUAAUAUCAGAUACCUGUAUGUAGUUUGAAGCCUACCAUGUACCUCGCUGCUGAACAAAUCACCAAUCAAGGACAGCUGGACGAGUUUUUAGUCGCUGAUUAAGUAGCUGCUUUCUGAUAUUAAAUUUGGGGCACCAAGUAGAGCGUGUUUGCAUGUUUUUUCAAAACCAGGUUUAGAAUCUGAUACGGCUGAUUCUUCGCAAAGUUUGUUCAACUGUAUGAGGUGGAGAUUCACGGAAGUAGUUUGCCUUAGUCACUGUGGUGUGUGGUUGCACCGUAACCAUGUCCUCACAUGGUUUUCUUUAGUAACCCACUGAACACUUGCUUUGUCCACACUCACAUCUCCCUGCAUGACUCACUGCAUACCCACUCACUGCUGAUGUUUAGUUAUUGCCUCACACACACAUAAAUUUCCUGUUGAUUACUGAUAAGCCAUGAAUGUGUGAUUGCUGAGGUUAUUCAUUUGCAGACAUAUUUGUGGGCUGUCGAACAUAAGAAAGGUAACAGGUACGAAAAUGUUGAGAAUAACUGGUGUUGAGUUUAAAAACAAGCUCUGCAACAAUAAGUGUUUAUUUUUUUGUUUGUUUAUAUCUUAAUACGCCUGACCAUUACAAAUUGCUGUAGAGUUAAAGUGGACAUUUUCCGAACAUAUUAAAAAACAUAGUUGUAUGUUUAUAUAGAGAUAUUUGCAGUACAUUACAAGUAAUUAAAGUAGUGCUCUAACAAAGAUAUUGUUUGCAUUGUACUUUUAUAAUUUCAUAAUAUAACUUUCAUAAUCAUUCACAAAUAUUUGUAGACUACAAGUGCUCCAGAAGAGAGGGAUAAUAUGUUUGCCAAGUUCUUAUGGUGUAAGAUAUCAACACAGCAAACAAAAGUUAUUGGCACGGGGAAAAUAGACCCAACCAGUCAAAGUUUAAAUAUUUUGCCACACACAGAAACCUUACUGUGAUAGCAUGAAAGCAACGAUUAAAUGAAGGAUGUGAUUGUAUGAAGUGUUAAUCAGUCACAAAGGAUUCUAUGAUGAAUUUGAUUUCUAUUAUAUGUCUGAUAUAUUUCUAAUGAUACUGAAUUUGUCCGCAGAAUCGAUAAGGACAUGCACAGCAAAGUGGAGGUAGCAGCAGCUGCUGUUCCUGAGUGACUCUGCCCUCACUGCAAGAUGUGGAGGAGGAGAGUAAUGGAGAACGUUUCAGCCACUCUUCUGUUUGUGUUCUGGGCGACAGGACUGCAGACUUAGCUUUUUGCAUCAAGAAAGUGCCUUUAUGAAAUGAUGCUGCCUGUUACACUGUUGGAACUUUUCACUGCUUAAUUUUCAGCGUUUUCCCACAAUCUGUCUGAAAUGGUUAAAAUCUUUUUUAUGUACUGCCAGUAUAUCUUAAUGAACUUAGCUUAUGGGUGUUCUCCAAUUACUGUUGUAUCUAAGCGUUAUUUAAGGCACUCUGUUACAAAUGGUUGAUGCAUGUUCUUCUUUAUUACAUUUAAAUAUAUAUUUAUAUUCAAAAGGUGACAAAGGAGAGAAAUUAAUAUAUUUUUAUGGUUGCUCUGAUUUUAAACUGAAUUUUAGGACUCUUGCCCGUUGAGUGGCACUUCAUAGAACACAACUUUUGAUGGCACCUUUUUUUUUCACUGUUCACUGUUACAUCUUGCUUGGGGAAAAUAAAGUUUUACUUUUGCCCCUCACUUGAACAUGCCCCCUCUGAGUAAUGGAGGGAGAUCAUCUGUGAGACCAACAGUCUGAAGCCAAACUGUAGGUCCUAUCAUAAUACCCCCUCCAAGUAAAGUUAUGGAUCUGCUCCA